UGGCCGAGCGCACAGGUCGGCAGGGUCAGGUGGUUGGGUGACGCCCCGGGAAGGCGCUCCCCGCCGAGGGCGGGCGGCGCCACCGCGCCCGACGCCUCCGGGGGAGGGGACUUCGCGGGAGUCGCGGGCGGAGGCGAGGAGGAGCGCGGCGCGGCGGCGGAGCGGCGGGCGGGCAGGCGAGUGUGCGAUCCAAGCGGGACCGGCAGCCGGUGGCGGAGGCGCAGAGGACGCGAGGCGGCGGGCGGGAGACAUGGACCGCGGCGAGCAAGGUCUGCUGAGAACAGACCCAGUCCCUGAGGAAGGAGAAGAUGUUGCUGCCACGAUUGGGGCCACGGAGACUCUAUCAGAGGAGGAGCAAGAAGAGCUGAGAAGAGAACUUGCAAAGGUAGAAGAAGAAAUCCAGACUCUGUCUCAAGUGUUAGCAGCAAAAGAGAAGCAUCUAGCAGAGAUCAAACGGAAACUUGGGAUCAACUCACUGCAGGAACUAAAACAGAACAUUGCCAAAGGCUGGCAGGAUGUGACAGCAACAUCUGCAUACAAAAAGACAUCCGAAACCUUAUCUCAGGCUGGACAGAAGGCAUCAGCUGCUUUCUCAUCUGUUGGAUCCGUCAUCACCAAAAAGCUGGAAGAUGUAAAAUUGCAAGCCUUUUCACAUUCCUUUAGUAUCCGCUCCAUUCAACAUUCAAUUAGCAUGCCUGCUAUGAGAAACUCCCCAACUUUCAAAUCAUUUGAAGAAAAGGUUGAAAACUUAAAGUCUAAAGUAGGGGGAACCAAGCCAGCUGGCGGGGAUUUUGGCGAAGUCUUGAAUUCAACGGCAAAUGCCAGUGCCGGCGCCCCAGAGCCUCUUCCAGAACAGACGCAGGCGAACCCGUGAGGCCCUCACCUUUGUUCGGCUGCCCACUGCCAGAUGCUGCAGGCAAGAUCCAAGCACGUCUCGUCAACAGUCGUCGCCGCGAAUUUCCACCAGAUGUGCUUUCACUUAGCUUUACAUACUCAUUUGACCAAAUAGUUUGUGGGUUGAACAGAAUAAAACUAUCUUCACCUCUGAUUCCUGGGAAAUACCCUCUAAUGUGCAUUUAAGGGCCCUGAUUUAGGAAACACUAUUAUAAAACAACAACAACAACAACAACAACAACAACAACAACAACACAUGUAAUCCCUGGGGAUCCUCAUUAGAAUGAUCUAAGAAGCUUCAGGUUAUCAUACUUGCUUUCCUCCUUUACAAAAUUGCUCUGGAUCUGGGAUGCCACUUUGAUCUUUGUCUUCAAUACGAUUUUCUUGUCUCCUUCUUGAACCUCUGGGUAUUUGAUUGCUAACUAAAAUGUUCUUUAAAAUUUCCUGAAUCCUGGUUAUUACAAGUUUUGGCAUAAUUUUCUUUAGCUCCGAGGGAAGAACGACCAGCUACAGGAAAUGUUUCUUGAAUAAACAUUGUUCUGGUAGAAGGUAA